ACGAAGUGGAAGGGGAACAAGUCCAGAUCAGAAGUGACAGUUUUAAUUUUCCUCGAUUUUUACUAAAAAAUGAGUUUUUUCCAAAGAAUAAAUGUAUUAAAAAUAAUCGCUUGAAUGUAGUGUCGAUAUAGUGCAAGAAAACUACACGAAAUAGUAUACAAGGUACUUACAAAAGCCCUGUGGCUUUCUACCUCAUGUAAACAUUGCCAAGAACGUUUCAGAUUAGUUUUUUAAUUUCUUUAUUAUGGAAAAAUCUAGUGAACUGUUUCAUUUCUUGAACUUGACUUUACAAUGUUUCGAAAAUUACAAAGAACUGUGAAAAUUAGGUGUAAUCAAUCACGAAAACCUGAUGUUAAUGUUAUAUGGGUCAGUGUUUUAGUGUUAGCAGAGCCCAGGAUGCACCUCAGCCAAGACAUGGUAUUAAAACUUAUUUAGUACAGCAAGCAUCCGAAACAACUUUAUCAGACAACAAAAUUGAACAAUCCAUUGACAGUGUAAUGGCAACAUCAUUCACUAAUAUGAAUAUUACAAAUCCUAUCAAAGGACUUGUUAGUAAAAGAAGAAAUAGAUACAAGAAGGACGGUUUCAAUCUAGAUUUGACUUAUAUAACCGAAAAUAUAAUAGCUAUGGGAUACCCGGCUUCAAAAAUAGAAGGCGUAUACCGUAAUCACAUAGACGACGUGGUGAAAUUUCUCGACAAGAAACACCCUGACCACUACUACAUCUACAAUUUAUGUUCGGAACGUAGUUACGAUAAAAUCAAAUUCCACAACAGAGUGAAAAUAUUCCCCUUCGACGAUCACAAUCCCCCCAAAAUCGAUUCGAUCAAACCCUUCUGCAACGACGUCCAGGAAUGGUUGUCGAAAGACAAGAAGAACGUCGCCGUGGUCCAUUGCAAAGCCGGAAAGGGUAGAACCGGAACGAUGAUAUGCUGUUAUCUUCUACACAGCGGUAUGUACAAGACAGCGGAAUCGGCUUUGAAUUAUUACGGGCAAACUAGGACCCAGGAUAAGAAAGGAGUGACGAUUCCGAGUCAAGUACGUUACGUGCAGUACUACGAGACUUUGUUUAAAAAUCAACUCGAUUAUACCCCUGUUUCUAUGUACAUAAAGGAGUUUAUACUUAAUCCGGUGCCGAAUUUUACGGGAGGACAGGGUUGCCUCUCUUUAACUAUAUCCCAUCAAACUCUAUUUAAAGAAGGAGACAAGUACACGCCGAAAGUGCAAAAAUUGAAAAAGAACGAUACGUACGAAGUGAAAAAGAGCGAUACAUCUUUUACGAUAAAAUUGGAUUACUGCCUACCAUUAAAGGGCGAUAUAAAAGUAGAAUUUUAUAAUAAAACGAUGAUGAGGAAAGAGAAACUCUUCCAAUUUUGGUUCAACACGUUCUUCAUCAGCAAUACCAUGAACGGUUUUCUAUCGAGGAACGGGAGCGGCGAUGAAGUUUGUUACGUCGUCGAUUUCGAGAAAAACGAAUUGGACAUUGUGAACAAGAAGGACAAACAGAACAAAAUGUUUCACGCGGAUUUUAAACUUACGAUACUUCUUCAAAGGAUCCCCCGAGACGAUUGUUGUCCGACGUCGUACGAACGCCACCCCCACGCCCAAGACACUCCCAGCGAAAGUUCAGCCGAAUCUUCGGACGAUUACACGAACGAAGAAGAAGAUUGGGACAGCGGCGAAGGAAAUUCCCUAUUACCUAAACACGAACCCUGUGAUUCCUCUAAAAGUUGAUCUUCGAUUAUUUACUGAUUCACAUAAUACAUAACUGUAUAUAUAUAUAUAUAUAUAUAUAUAUAUAUAUAUAUAUAUAUAUAUAUAUAUAUAUAUAUAUAUAUAUAUAUAUAUAUAUAUAUAUAUAAAGUUUGUUAGAUUGUACAUUGGCGUGUACAGAUUUUUGUUUUCGCUUCGGACGUUUGUUACAGGGUAUAGCGGAAGCUCAGUUUUAGGUUAGGUUAUCGAAAAUAAGAAGGGUGUGUGCCGAAAUGACGGUAGAUACUGUACGUUUUGUUGCCCUGAGAGAGGUUAUUUGAACGAAAAAAUGUUGAAAUUAAAAAAAAAAAAACGUUGGGGAACGAAGAGUUUCGUUUUUUUUUGUACUCCGGUGUCUAUAAGUAUUUGUACGAUGCUUGUUGUUUAUGUUUUGGUUCGGAUUUUCAAUUACCGUGUGUUUGUUUCGGUAUUCGAUUUUUUUUUCUACUUAAAAUCGAGCGUUUUAAACGUUUUUGCCUUAUUUUUACUCUAAAACACGUUUUAAUAAAUUUUUUCUAUUUAUUAUCGCAAAACAUUAGUUUUAGACCUAUUGUUUACUACAAAACUUGGUUUUCCACUAAUUUUCAUCUAUUUCUCACUCUAAAAUGUGUGUAUAAUGAUUUUUUAUUCUUUCUUGUUUCAAAAUAUGUGUUUCGGCUAAUUUUUUCCCCGAAUCUAUAGUUUCAACUAAUUUUGUAAUACAAAACGUGUGUUUUAACGAUUUUUCUACUGACAAACGUGUGUUUCAGCCAAUUUGCUCCACUUUUCGUAUUUAAGUCACGAGUUUCAAUCCAUUUCCUAACCUAAAACGUGUUUCAGUCAAUUCUUCACUCUAAAGCACGAGUUUGGACCAAUUUUUUUUUAUAUAUCUUGUGUUUCAUCUAAUAUUCGGCACUUUUCCUUAUUACACGAGUUUCAAUCCAUUUUCUAACCUGAAACGUGUGUUCUCUUAUGACAAACGUGUUUCAGUCGAGUUUGGGCCAGUUUUUUUCCAUAUCUUGUGUUUCUUAUAAUAUUCGAGACUUUUCUUAUUACACGAGUUUCAAUCCAUUUUCUAACUCAAGGUAUGUGUUUCAACUAAUGUUUUACUAGAUUAAAACAUGAAUUUGAAGCAAUUUUCUUUUCGAAAACAUGUGUUUUAAUCAAAACACGGGUUUUGACUAAUUUCCUACUCCACAUUUUGUUUUUCAUUAUAUAUUGAAUAUUUCCAGGUUUCAGUUUAUUAUCUAACCUAAAAUAUGUGUUUUAAUGCAUGUAUAGCGUUUUUCCACCCCAAAACCAAUUUUCUCGUGUCAAACGUGUAAAUCAGUCAAUUAUUGCAAGUUUCUUCUUCAAAAUUUGAUUUUUAAUUCAUUUUCUAACCUAUAAUGUGGGUUUUUUGUUGCCAAACAUGUUUAAUUCCAAAACAUGAGUAUCGACCAGUUUUUCAUUCCACACCUGGUGUUUCAUCCAAUAUUGGUCCAUUUUCUUCUCAUAACAUGAGUUUCAAUCUAUUUUCUAACCUAAAAUGAGUGUUUUAUUCAAUAUUUGACUUUUCCUUGCUCCAAAACAUGAGUUCAAAGCAAUUUUUUGAUGCUAAACAUGUUUCGGCAACUGUUUCAUUCCAAAACACAAGUUUCAACCAGUUUUUCAAUUCACAUCUGGUGUUUCAUCCAAUAUUGGACCUUUUUUCCUCAUUAUAUGAAUUUCAAUCUAUUUUCUAACCUAAAAUGAGUGUUUUAUUCAAUAUUUGACUUUUCCUUGCUCCAAAACAUGAGUUCAAAGCAAUUUUUUGAUGCUAAACAUGUUUCGGCAACUGUUUCAUUCCAAAACACAAGUUUCAACAAGUUUUUCAAUCCACAUCUGGUGUUUCAUCCAAUAUUGGAUCUUUUUUCCUCAAUAAAUGAGUUUCAAUCUAUUUUCUAACCUAAAAUGAGUGUUUUAUUCAAUAUUUGACUUUUCCUUGCUCCAAAACAUAAGUUCAAAGCAAUUUUUUGAUGCUAAACAUGUUUCGGCAACUGUUUCAUUCCAAAACACAAGUUUCAACCAGUUUUUCAAUUCACAUCUGGUGUUUCAUCCAAUAUUGGAUCUUUUUUCCUCAUUAAAUGAGUUUCAAUCUAUUUUCUAACCUAAAAUGAGUGUUUUAUUCAAUAUUUGACUUUUCAUUGCUCCAAAACAUGAGUUCAAAGCAAUUUUUUGAUGCCAAACAUGUUUCGGCAACUGUUUCAUUCCAAAACACAAGUUUCAACCAAUUUUUCAAUCCACAUCUGGUGUUUCUUCCAAUAUUGGAUCUUUUUUGCUCAUUAAAUGAGUUUCAAUAUAUUUUCUAAUCUAAAAUGAGUGUUUUAAGCAAUGUUUAACUGUUGCCUGCUCCAAAACAUGAGCUUUAAGCAAUUACAUGAAUAUCAAUCUAUUGCCUACCCCAUAACAUGUGUUUCAAGCAAUGUUUUACGUCAUUUUUACUCUAAACAUGUGUUUUAUAUUGUUCUUGACAAGUUUCUAUUCCAAAACAUGUGCCUCAAUCAAUGUUUCACACUUUUCUACCCCAAAAUAUGUUUUUCAAAUGUUUUUACCCCAAAACAUGUGUUUAAAGCAAUGUUCAACAAUUUUCAACUUCAAACAAGUGUUUUACAUAAUAUUUGUUUAUUAUUGAACAAUUUAAAACCAAUAUUAGAGUAUAUAGGGGUGAGUUGGUGUCGGAUAAGAAACUAGCUAAUCAAUUUACCCUUUAUACCGAUGUGUGACAACCAUUCCACAUAUGCUGUACCCCCUAUAAACUACAAAAAUACUGUUUUCUGAACUAAAAAUACUAAUAACAACCCUCAAAUUUAAAAAAAAUGUCUAUAUCGUAGAAACCAAAUAAUCUCUUCGUUUCCCCAAAUUUCAUGUUUGUUUUUUUGAUAUUUCGUUCAAUCGAGUGAAAAAAAAAUGAUUUAAGUACAAAUAUUUAAGUUGUAAGAUAAAAUUGCGAUCCUAGGAAUUAGUUUAAACAUUUUAAUAAAAUUAUUUUUAAUCAAAACGAUUUCGUCGCCGUUAAAUAAUUUUUCAAAUGAAAUUUCCAAUACACCCGGUAUAUAUUUUGGAAUCGCACGGAAUCAGAUCUGGACGGAUAACGCGCCCCUGUUCGUUUUACAAAAUUUUAUUAUCCAUUCUGGGAUACACUGUAAUUUAAUUAUAAAAAAUAUAUAUCAUAUAAAAGUAUUUUAUAUAUUUUUUUUUAAUAGAAAAAAAAAUGAUGUACAAAUUAAUUUUUUUUUAAUUUAUUUUCCUAUUUUUUAAGUAAAGUACGAAGUUUAUUUUUGUAUAAGUGAAAAAAUGAUUGACCGUUUCGCUUGCCUCGAUUUCCGACUUACCCUGUACGAACACCUAAUAAGGGCGACUCCACUGUGUAAAUAUAUAUAUUUAUAUAUAUAUAUUUUUUUUUAAAAAGAAAUUAAUUUUUUAAGUAUCGUUUACUAUUUAGCGAACAGAUUUAUUGUUUAAUCUAAUUUUUAAAGUGAAAAAGUAGGAAACGAAAAAAAAAUCAAGUUAUGCCCUACGACCUUUAAGAUACGUGAAAAAUAGAAUA